UACACACACUCAUGUACAUCAGUUUCACCUCGGCCCAUUCCUCUUUCAGAACCAAAAAGAUGAAAACCUUAUCACAAAUCGAAAUCAUUUUCCUCUCCAUUGCUCUUCUUCUCUUCAUCACAAGCUCAGCAACUCCAUCAACAUAUUCAAAUCAAACGAACUUAGAUUACAUCAAAACAUCAUGCAACCUCACACACUACAAAACCCUUUGCUACAUCUCUCUAUCUCCUUACGCCUUAAAAAUCGAUUCCAACCCUCAAAGACUCGCCGUCACAGCCCUCAAUCUGACCCUCUCCUCAGCCAAAUCGGCAGCCAAGUUCAUCAAGAACUUUCCUCACGGCAGAAGUGGAUUAACACGUUUCGAAGCGGGUGCGGUUGCUGAUUGUGUGGAGGAGAUUGGAGACUCGGUGAGUGAGCUCCAAGAUUCAAUAAGAGAGCUGGAGUCGAUCAACUACGAGGAUAGUUCGAAAUUUGAGAUGGUUAUGUCGGAUGUUGAAACAUGGGUUAGUGCUGCUCUCACUGAUGAUGACACUUGUAUGGAUGGUUUCGGCCAAGAUGGUCGAGCCAAAGCGGUCGUGAAAGAUUUGGUUCGGCGACAUGUUGUAAAGGUUGCUCGGAUGACUAGCAACGCGCUUGCUGUCAUUAAUAUGUACGCCUCCACACAUGAAAAAUGAUCAUAAAUGUUCAUAUAUCUUUUUUUUUAUAAAUGUUCAUAUAUCAUAUACAAAAUUGUUUGAUAACCUCUAUUGGCAAAAUUGCUUAUGCAUGUUUA